AUGGGUGUUCAUGUGGUUUCAAAGCUGGACAACCGCCAGCAUGCGAGCUUCGACCUUGACAUUCCUGCUCAGCGUGAACGAUCGGACUCUUCGGUGAGCAUUCGCACGCAACUGAUCAGUCUCACUUCAAACAACUUGACCUAUGCCCGGAUGGGUGGGCUCUUGCGUUGGUGGGACGCAUACCCCGUAUCUGAAGACUAUCCCGCACCAUACAACGACCCAUCGGCAUGGGGGAUCGUUCCAGCCUGGGGUUAUGCAACGGUGGAAGAGACAACGAUUCCAGAAUUGCCCAAAGGAACACUCCUUUACGGAUUCUGGCCGACGACCAGCACAUUAACCGAUCUCAAACUCAAACGCGGAUCACCAGAAGGCCACUGGAUCGAGACCAGCGACCACCGCCAGCAACUGAUGCCGCUGUACAACCGCUACACGGUAGCUCCGACGUCGAACUCCAUCUCCGACCUGACCACGGCGCUCAAUCCCCUUUCGGAUUCUGCGCAGAAUGAGCUAGACCGCUUGGCCUGGACCACACUGUUCAUUGGCGGGCUGGCUGGGUUCGUUCUGAGCGAGUAUGUUUUCUCGUCUGACCCAAACCAACCCCCCAUCCACCCACUGGGAAACCAAGCUGGGUUGCAGUGGACCCUAUCCGACGGGGACUUGUCAUCCGCGGUCGUGGUGAACCUAGCCGCGUCGACUAAGACGGCCCGUGUUUUCUCAUCCUACGUGUCGCGAAAGCCGAACGGUUCGGCACCCCUUGGCUUGUUGCAGGUUACAUCAGCUGUGUCGCGCAUCGAGGAAGCGGAUCGGAUUUUCUCUACUUCUGUUCCUUCUAAGGUGGUUGGGUAUGGAACUGUUGGUUCUAGGGAGUCUGCGGAGUGGCUGGCUAGCUGGAAGCCUUCGAAGAUUGUUAUCAUGGACUUUGGGGGUCGUGGGAAUUCUCUCCAUGACACGCUCUCGCUGAUCAAGAAUCAUGCUGAGUUGCAAUCUUGCAAGGUUGUCACGGUCCAGGUUGGCAGUGAGCAGAAGGUGUACUCAACGGAGGAAACUAUUGCUGGGAGAGCAGCGGUGGCAGAGCUUGGAAAAGUUCUAUUCAACACUUCCGGGGUUCAAGAUACGAUCCUCGAGUCUGUCGGUGCGGAAGCCUACUUCGCAACAAAAAGUGCACAGUGGGAGAAAUGGCUGGAUGUGCGACAUUUGAGCGAGCCAGGCAUGAAGAUUGUGUUUGGCAGUGGUGUCUCUGGUGCCGGAGGCGUCGAGGGAGGGUGGGAGAGGCUGUGUCAUGGACAAGUAGGGGCUGAAGAGGGACUGGUCUACAAGGUGCAAUGA